AGAUUGUAAACACAGCAGACAGAGGCGGCCCAGGCAUCAGCAGCAGGAGGAGGAGGAGGAUGCCAGCAGGUCCAGUGCCUUCUUCCCUUUGAGGGCACAGGAAAGGCCUCCCUUGGAGAGGAGAUGCUGCCGGCUUUGCUUGCAUGGAGCUCCUGCCUGCCAGCCAGCCAGGUGAGGGGACUUGGUAGUCAACAUCUGGUCAGCUUCCUUUGCUUGCUAGGUCACAUAUUUUGCGGCUUUUCCAUCCUGGCCAAGACCCACAUUGCAGAAAAGAGAUCUCCUCUGCACACUCAAGCAUGGAAAUUCCUAAAUAUUUUGGAAAAUCCAGAUUUGAUGGAUGCUUUUUGCUGAACAGCCAACACAUCCUAUGAAGGCCUAAUGCUGAGAAAUGUAAACAACUGGACAAGCUAUUCUUUACUUAUGCUUUCACAAAUGGAAGUCAACCUAAACUCUUGAAGUCAAAUGCUGGUAGCUACGCUAAUGAUAUUGAUCCUGUCACCUGAAGGCUUAGAGCAUUGCCAUCAUUUUCUCAAAAGCCUCCUGACCUGUGCCUGCACUUUUAUGUUCAGACUUGGUAAAAUACCCCAAAGUUUCAGUUCUUCUGACUGCAAAUGAAAUGGAGGCCUUAGAAGUUGAUGAUAUCAGUCCUGCCUUGGAAGUAACUGAAGAGUUUUUCAACACCUUUGAUGCUAAGUUAGACAAUGUGCAGCCUCCAGAGGUUUAUGGGAUUCAAGAAGUCCCUGAACUGGUCGGACAUGAAGUGUUUAACAACUGUGGAGACUUGAGGAAUGCUACUUCUUUGGGGAAGAAUAAUCUUGUUUGGGAACACUGCAAAAAUGGACUCUUGGAAACCAAAGUGCAGACUGCAUUUCCUGCCAAAGAACACUUCAGAGUACAGAGGGGAACUGUUCCAGACAACCUCUCCUGGAUGGAACAGAGAGAGGCCUCAACUUUUAAUAUCCUUAAUAUCUGUCGGAGGAGGGUCCGGCCACGUUCUGUGAACGAUAUUACAGUGCAAAGCGAGGAUGCUGCCACUUUCAAGCCAGGCCAUAAUCGAUCGCGGUCGGAUAUCAGCCGGAUUGACUGGGGCAUCAUUUUAAGCAACGCCUCUCCACAGCAGCUCUCUAACUAUAGCAGCCCAUGUCCUAAAGUUUCAUUCACACCAGCAGGUUUCAAAAAGGGAGAGGACAUUCAAGGGAAUACUGAACACAAGCCAACAUUCUCAAAUAUCUUAAAGAAAGGGUACUUGGAAAUUAAGAGCAACCGUGACAGCUACUGGCAGGCUUGUUAUGCUGAACUCUCUCCAUACGAGCUAUACCUGUAUUGGCUAGACAGCAGCGGCAACCAAAACCUUCCAACUGUCUAUCUGCUUUUGCAUUUCCAAAGUAUCACUGUGGAAACCAGUGUGGUUGAUGCAGUCCUGUUCAACAAUUCCCACCUACAGCUCAAAGCAGAAUCUCCAUGGGAGGCUUUGGAUUGGGGGCAGAAGCUUCGGGAAGCUGUGCAUUCUUCAGUACCGUCUUUCCUGAGGCCACAGGGAGACUUGGGGAACUCACAGAAAUUAGACAACGAGGAAAACAGCAUUACCCAAAACCAUGUCUUACAGAAGGAGCAGGCUGAAUUUUUCCAGUCAACAUCUUUGACCCAAAACAUCAAGGACUACCAGAAUGUUCUCAAAUCAGGGACUCUUUACAGACUGACCCUCCAAAAUAACUGGAAAGCAUUCCAUUUUGUCCUCAACCCAUCUCUCCUCAUGGCAUUUCAGACUGGUGGCCUUGAUGAAGACCCUUUAUGGAGCUACAGUAUUGAAGUGUGCCUCUCUGUCCAGGCUGAUACUCUGGAUGACUGUGACUCUUGCUUUCAGGUUGUCUUUCCUCAAGAUGUGCUUCGCCUGCGGGCAGAAACCCGUCAAAGAGCUCAGGAAUGGAUGGAGGCCUUGAAGGCUGCCAACAGUGCUGCCAGAUUGGGUCAAAACCUUCAAGUAACACUUAGAAACAAAGUCCAAGGCUUCUCUUGUGGCAAGGACCAUGGGAAGAUCAAGCGCCAGUCUGUCACCACUAGCUUUCUGAGCAUCUUAACCACCUUGUCUUUGGAAAGAGGUUUGACUGCCCAGAGUUUCAAGUGUGCAGGUUGCCAGCGCUCCAUAGGCCUGUCCAACGGCAAGGCAAAAGUCUGCAGCUACAGUGGAUGGUACUACUGCAGUGUCUGUCAUGUGGAUGACAGCUUUCUAAUUCCUGCCCGGCUGGUUCAUAACUGGGACACUUCAAAAUACAAGGUAUCCAAGCAAGCCAAAGAGUUCCUGGAAUAUGUUUAUGAAGAGCCCUUGAUUGACAUCCAGCAGGAAAAUGCUAUGUUGUAUAGGCAUGUUGAGCCACUGGCAACUGUGGUCCGUCUGAGACAGCAGCUGAAAUCCCUCCGAGCCUAUUUAUUCAGCUGCAGAGCAGCAGUGGCUGAAGACCUGCGAAGGAGAAUUUUCCCCAGAGAGUAUCUUCUUCAGCAGAUUCACCUCUAUUCCUUGGCUGACCUACAGCAGGUUAUUGAAGGGAAGCUGGCCCCUUUCCUUGGGAAGGUCAUCAAAUUUGCCACCUCUCAUGUGUAUAGCUGCAGCCUUUGUAGUCAAAAGGGAUUCAUCUGCGAGAUCUGUAACAAUGGUGAGAUCCUGUACCCCUUUGAGGACAUUUCUACAAGCAGGUGCGAGAGCUGUGGGGCUGUCUUCCAUUCCGAAUGCAAGGUAAAGGCUGUCCCAUGCCCCAGAUGUGUGCGAAGGGAGCUGCAGAUGAAGCAGAAAUCUUUCUGGCGAAGGCUCAACAUGGAUGAGAGCCUGGAAGAGGCUUGCAACAUGUUUGAACUGUCCUAUCAGAACACAUGACUCGGAGGCAGAACACUGGCAAACCUGCACAGAUCCUUUUCCAAGCUGUGGAAUGAACGCUUGCAAGGCAACGUAAGGGGCUGCCAGGGCAGAAUUGUUCACUGAAAGAAGUUGUCUGCUGUUCGCCAUUUGGUUUUUGAAUAGCUGGGGCCAAAGGUAUAUUGGAAUGUAAGAAUAUUGAAGGCGAAAUGGCAUUUGUGAAGUCUGUAGUGAGCCAGCUGAUCUUAAGCCAAAUGUAGUUUACUUGAAAUAUUUCCUGUCCUUUUUGCAUUUAUUGUUAGAAGUGUGUAAUUAUUUAUUUUUAGGGCUCAAAAUGAAAACCGAUUUUAAAAUAGCAAAGGUGACACUACUGCCUAAAAGCCACAGGCAUAGUCUGGACAAGAUAUUGAUGCAUUGGCAUUUGCAGGCCAUUUCCAGCUUAGAAAGGUGUUUGGUGAACUGUAUUUAAGACUAAUUUCCUCCACAACCCCUUCUCCUCACUAAAAGCCAACUUACGUAUAGAUGCACAUUUAGACAAGCAUAGAAAUGCAUAGCAGUCCUUGCAGUCCAUAUAAGCAAAUGCAAUUACAAGUCUUGUAUUACAGUUCCUGACAACUGGAGAAGUGGCUCUCCAUCUUAGAGCAUUUGCAGCUUUAUGCCUGUACCGCGUUUCAAGUUCCUAGUAAGUCAGUAAUUCACAUUCCUAUUACGCCUCACAUGUAACAUGCUAAAACACUCAAAUGGAUCUCUUUUGCUGUGAAAUAAUAUACACUGCUUUAUCCUUU